UAUAGAUCAGACUCUAAUGUGCAAGUAGGUUACACCAUCUUUGGUCAAGAGUCAAUUCCGAGUCAGUCACGCUUGACGAGCCAUUAUACAGUGGCGUUAUGACCCCAAAUCAAACAUUAAGGGACACCUGAAUAAUUACCACUUUAAUGGUAGCGGAGUUGAAUUGCUGAGAGCCAACACCAUGUGUAUGGGAGCCUCAGGCAACAUUUACCGUUCGAAGGCGGUCAGUGCCUAUCGAUAACCGCUUUCGACUUUUUUCAUGAAGAGGAACAAGCCUUUUCCCUAAUAUCACCCUCAAGCUCUACCCUCCACUCUUAAAUUCGUCGCUAGAAAAUCACAGCUUCACUGGCAUUAAAUCCUGAUACACAAUUACCACACACGAUAUCGCAUUGACUCCCCACCACCGAUCGACCGAUCAUCAAUCCCACCCCGCAAUAUCGCACUCCGGUCCACGCAUACUCCCAAUAAAAUAUUAAAUAUUAUAGACCGCAAUGCCUUCGUCCGUACAUUCUCAAGAUAACGACCAAUCCAUGGUCGACGCUCAGAACCAGGAGCACGAGCAAACCGAGCAGCAGCAGCAGCAGGAACAGGAACAGGCGCUUGAAGAGAAGCGCAUUGUUGUUUUACCCGGCGCUACGGACACAGCAGCCUCGUUCCAAUUCGAGGGCGAGGGACAUACAUUAGGGAAUGCGCUCCGCUAUGCGAUUAUGAAGAACCCCGAUGUUGAAUUCUGUGGAUAUACGAUUCCGCACCCCUCAGAGUCGAAGAUGAACAUUCGGAUUCAAACAUAUGAUACAACAACCGCAGUCGAAGCUCUAGAAAAGGGCCUCGACAGCCUGAUGGAUCUAUGCGACGUUGUAACAGACAAGUUCACUGAUGCGCGGGACAAGUUCAAUGCGGAGCAGGCGGAUAAGAUGGAGUCAUGAGCUCAGUUUGGCCUAGACGUCUGCUGACUGAGACUUGUUAUAUUAUCUGUUUCUGGUUUUGUGUGUUUGAAUGGGCGUUUUUGUUGUAGAAAAGUUCGUCUUUUUGAUAUAUUGUAUAUUGGCGAAAUGAUAGACCUGCAUUGCGUGCAUACCUGGUUUUAUUGUGCUAUUCGGUCUGGAUUGGAUAGAUGGGUGAGGUGGUGCAUUACCAGCUAUCACUUGA